GUCACUGUUCACCGAAGCAUUGUGGGAAGGAAAGUGGAGCUGACGGCCGCUGAUGGCAGACUGCUCAAUUUGGCAAAUAUCCUCGAUUAGUGAGCAGUGUUAGAAAAACGUAAAUUUAGGGGAACGAUGCUGCUUCACGAAGCAAAUGUCAACGUGUUUUGAAGAAGACGAACAUAUGCCGGUGUCAUCGCACGGGCGCCCAAAGCAGAGAAGUGGGAUACUGUGUCAAUGGACCGCGGCGUCUUUAUUUUCUUUUCUAAGGGAGGCGAAUAAAGUAGCGACGGAUUAUAUUCCCGCUGUGAAUGGGCGGGGGGGCGACUGCGCUCCCGCAUUCCUUAUCGUUUGAAGUUUCUUGAAAUUUCUGUCGAAGGCGCACGUCAAAGAUGUCGACCAGCAGUCCCGAGGCGGUGAAGAAAUUGCUGGAGAACAUGCAGACGGACCUGCGGUCUCUGUCCAUGGAGUGCAAGAAGAAAUUCCCCCCAGUUAAAGAGGCCGCAGAGUCUGGCAUUGUGAAGAUUAAGACCAUUGCAGCCAGGAAUACAGACAUACUGGCAGCUCUGAAGGAGAACAGCUCAGAGGUUGUGCAGCCUUUUCUGAUGGGCUGUGGCACCAAAGAGCCAAAGAUCACCCAGCUGUGUCUGGCUGCCAUCCAGAGACUCAUGUCCCAUGAGGUGGUAUCUGAGGCAGCAGCGGGGAACAUCAUCAACAUGUUGUGGCAGCUGAUGGAAAAUGGUUUGGAGGAGCUGAAACUUUUGCAGACGGUCCUUGUCCUGCUAACCACCAACACAGUUGUACAUGAUGAAGUACUUUCCAAGGCCAUUGUGCUCUGCUUCCGUCUUCACUUCACUAAGGACAACAUCACCAACAACACAGCAGCUGCCACCGUCAGACAGGUUGUCACCGUGGUGUUUGAGAGAAUGGUGGCUGAAGAUGAGCGUUUCAAAGGCAUUGUGGAGCAGCCUCCUCCUGUCCAGGGAAACACCAACAGGCGGUCUGUUAGUACUCUGAGGCCCAGUGCUAAAGAUGCAUACAUGCUGUUCCAGGAUUUGUGCCAGCUGGUUAAUGCUGAUGCCCCCUACUGGCUGGUGGGGAUGACAGAGAUGACACGGACAUUUGGCCUUGAGCUGCUGGAGUCUGUUCUAAAUGAUUUUCCUGGGGUAUUCCUACAGCACCAGGAGUUCAGUUUCCUGCUGAAGGAACGGGUUUGUCCACUUGUCAUCAAGCUCUUCUCCCCAAACAUCAAGUUCCGGCAGGGCAGCAGCAGCGCCGCCUCACCAGCACCUGUGGAGAAACCUUACUUUCCCAUCUGUAUGAGGCUGCUGCGUGUAGUGUCAGUCCUCAUCAAGCACUUCUACAGCUUACUGGUGACUGAGUGUGAGAUCUUCUUGUCUCUGCUGGUGAAGUUUCUGGAUGGGGAGAAGCCACAGUGGCUCAGAGCAGUGGCAGUAGAAUCAGUCCAUAGGCUAUGUGUGCAGCCACAUUUAUUACGUUCAUUCUGUCAGUCAUACGAUAUGAAACAGCACUCCACUAAGGUGUUCAGAGACAUCGUCAAUGCCCUGGGCUCCUUCAUCCAGUCUCUCUUCAUUGUCCCCAAUACGGGCAACACUGCUGCCGUCAGUGCCCCUGCUGGCGGCUCAGGUUCAGGGGCCCAGGGCACAGCACAGGGCGGCCCAGGGACAGGAGGAAUCAGCGGUAACCUGACCACCCAGGCUGCAUUUGAAUACCGUGGUACCUGGAUCCCCCUCAUGACUGUUAGUGUCCAGGGCAGUGCCAAGGCCACCUAUCUAGAGAUGCUGGACAAGGUGGAGCCCCCAUCCAUACCCGAAGGCUAUGCCAUGUCUGUGGCCUUUAGUGCCCUCCUGGACCUGGUCCGAGGCAUUACUACCAUGAUAGAAAGAGAACUGGCUGUGGAGGAGGAGGCAGCUGCUGAAUUCAGAGAGGCUCACCCUGACCAGGAAUGGCAGCCACAACCUGGAGCCCAUCUGGUGUGGGAGGAGAUGGUCAGUGCCUGUUGGUGUGGUUUACUGGCUGCUCUGUCUCUGCUGCUGGAUGCAAGCACCGAUGAGACAGCGACUGAGAACAUCCUGAAGGCAGAGUUGACCAUGGCCUCGCUGUGUGGCCGUCUAGGCCUGGUGACACCCCGAGACGCCUUCAUCACAGCCAUCUGCAAGGCCUCUCUGCCACCGCACUACGCCCUGACUGUUCUGAGCAGCAACGCCGCCAACCUCUCCAGCAAAGCCUACUCAAUCCAGGGCCAGAGUGUGCAGAUUAUCAGCCCCUCCAGUGAAUCUCAUCAGCAGGUGGUGGCUGUGGGGCAGCCACUCACUGCCCAGCCCCAGGGCACGGUGGUGCUGACUGCAAAGAACAUCCAAUGUAUGCGAACACUGUUGAACCUGGCACACUGCCAUGGGGCUGUGUUGGGCACCUCCUGGCAGCUGGUGCUGGCUACCCUGCAGCAUUUAGUGUGGAUCCUGGGACUGAAGCCGGGGGUGGGCGGUGCCCUGAAGCCUGGACGUGCUGUGGAGGGACCCAGUACGGUGCUGACCACAGCAGUGAUGACAGACCUGCCCGUCAUCUCCAACAUCCUGUCCAGACUUUUUGAGAGCUCCCAGUACCUGGAUGAUGUGUCCCUGCAUCACCUGAUCAACGCUCUCUGUUCCCUCUCACUGGAAGCCAUGGAAAUGGCUUAUGGAAACAACAAGGAGCCGUCUCUGUUUGCGGUGGCCAAACUCCUGGAGACUGGCCUAGUCAACAUGGAUCGUAUAGAGAUCCUGUGGAGGCCUCUGACUGGCCACUUACUUGAGGGUGUGUUUGGAGAUUUUCUUCACAUUUUCUUUCUGUCUCCCCUCUCUUUUGCAAUCCUGUGUGUUUUGCAGAAGGUCUGCCAGCACCCAAACUCCAGGAUGAGAGAGUGGGGGGCUGAGGCAUUGACAGCACUCAUCAAAGCUGGCCUGGCCUACAAACACGACCCUCCACUGGCCCAAAAUCAGCGGCUGCAGCUUCUGUUGCUGAACCCCCUGAAGGAGCUGUCCAACGUGCUGCAUGCAGACAUCCGCCAGAAACAGCUGGAGAGUGUCCUGCAGAUUCUACAGAGCCAGGGUGACAGCCUGGGGCCCGGCUGGCCCCUUGUCUUGGGUGUCAUAGGGGCCAUCCGCAAUGAUCAAGGCGAGUCAUUGAUCCGAACAGCCUUCCAGUGCCUGCAGUUGGUGGUGACAGACUUCCUGCCCACCAUGCCUUGCACGUGCCUCCAGAUUGUAGUUGAUGUUGCUGGCAGCUUCGGCCUGCAGAACCAGGAGCUCAACAUCAGUCUCACCUCCAUCGGCCUACUGUGGAAUAUUUCAGACUACUUCUUCCAAAGGGGCGAAGUCAUCACACAGGAGCUGGAGAGGGAGGAGGAAGCUCUACAGAAGCAAGCCCAGGAGAAAGGAGAGACCCUCAACAGGCCAUUUCACCCUGCCCCUCCCUUCGACUGCCUGUGGCUGUGCCUGUACGCCAAACUGGGCGAGCUGUGUGUCGACCCGCGGCCCGCUGUGCGUAAAAGCGCUGGGCAGACAUUGUUCUCCACAAUCGCUGCCCACGGGACUCUGCUGCAGCAGCCAACAUGGCAUAUUGUCGUCUGGAAGGUGCUGUUCCACCUGCUAGACUGCGUGAGGACAUCGUCCACCACAGCAGACAAGGAGAAGAUUGAGUCUGGUGGCGGGAACAUCCUCAUCCACCACUCACGUGACACAGCAGAAAAACAAUGGGCGGAGACGUGGGUGCUGACACUAGCUGGGGUGGCACGCAUUUUUAACACAAGGCGGUAUCUCCUCCAGCAAUUAGGUGAUUUCUUCGAGGCCUGGGAGGUGCUGCUGAAUCACAUUCAGUCAGCUGCUUUGAGCAAAAACAACGAGGUCUCCCUUGCUGCCCUCAAGAGCUUUCAAGAGAUCCUACAGAUUGUGACACCUGUUAAAGAUUCAGACAAAGCAGGUGAUGCACUUGCUGCUAUGGGUGUCCCACCAGUGCUCAUUGACCCCCUCUCAGCAUCUGGUCCUGGCAGACCCUUGGUGCGUUCAGAUUCGCUAGUCGAGCGGCUGACACGUUAUAACGGCGCUGAGAUGCAGGCACCUCCCCCAGGGGAGGAGUCAGCCUUAGAGGACUCAGCAUUGUGGUGGUCAGCAUGGAACACAUGGUAUCGAACAGGAACGGACAGCACGAGGCCGCCUAGCGGCCCGACAGAGAAGCUCUCCUUUAUCCCCAGCCAACCCUUCCUCACAGCGUUGAUCCAGAUUUUCCCAGCACUCUACCAGCACAUCAAGGCCAACUUCAGUAUGGAGGAUCUGAAGAAGCUCGGGGUCAUCCUCCAUGGGGCUGUGUCUGUGCCUAUCAGCAGUGAUGCCUCACCUUUCAUCCUCCCUUCCUAUACUGAGGCAGUGCUCACCAGCCUGCAGGAAGCUGUGCUCACUGCUCUGGAUGUUUUGCAGAAGGCCAUCUGUGUGGGCCCGGAGAACCUGCAGGUCAUGUACCCAGCCAUCUUUGAACAGCUGCUACUCUUCGUGGAGUUCUCCUGCAAGCCUCCUCAGUACGGCAGGAUGGAAACCAAACACGUGGCCAAUGCCAAAUACAACCAGAUCCAGCUGUUUGCACCGGCGGAAUGGGUUGCCUUAAACUAUGUGCCCUUUGCUGAGCGCUCCUUGGAGGUGGUGGUGGACCUGUACCAUAAAACAGCGUGCCACAAAGCUGUCAUCAAUGAAAAAGUUCUGCAGAACAUCAUCAAGACUUUAAGAAUGCCCUUGGGUUUGAAGUAUGCCUGUCCAUCAGAGAGCACCUGGAAGCUCGCGGUUUCAUCUCUGCUCAAGGUGUUGUCUAUUGGACUGCCGGUGGCACGCCAGCACGCCUCAUCUGGGAGGUUCGACACUAUGUGGCCAGAGCUAGCCAAUGCCUUUGAAGACUUUCUUUUUACCAAAAGCACACCUCCAGAUAAUCUGUCCAUCCAGGAAUUUCAGAAGAAUGAAGCCAUUGAUGUAGAGGUGGUCCAGCUGAUCAGCACAGAGAUUUUACCUUUUGCCAAUUUUAUCCCCAAAGAUUUUGUUGGCCAGAUCAUGGCUAUGCUCAAUAAAGGUUCCAUUCACUCACAGUCUCCCUCGUUCACAGAGGCAGAGAUCGAUGUGCGGAUGAGGGAGGAGUUCUCCAAAGUGUGCUUUGAGACGCUGCUGCAGUUUUCCUUCAGCAACAAGGUGUCCACCCCGCAGGAGGGAUACAUCUCUCGUAUGGCGCUCUCCGUGCUCCUCAAGAGGUCCCAGGAUGUUCUCCGCCGCUACGUCGAGGAUGAAAGGUUGAGUGGACGCUGCCCCCUGCCCAGGCAACAAGUGACAGAGAUUAUCUUUGUCUUGAAAGCUAUCAGCACUUUGAUGGACUCACUCAAAAAGACACAGCCAGAAAAUGUGGAUGGCAACACAUGGGCUCAGGUGAUUGCCCUGUACCCCACGCUGGUAGAGUGCAUUACAUGCUCCUCAUCUGAAGUGAGCUCAGCCCUGAAAGAGGCCCUUGGGCCCUUUAAAGACUUUAUGCAGCCACCAGUCUCCAGAGUCCAGAACGGAGAGUCCUGACCAGGCUCUCUCUGAGCUCUUUGGGGGUUUUUUUUAUUAUAAUGAAGAAGUCUUGAAUGUGUCUUCUUAACCCACGUGCUUCACAAGUGCACGGACAUGAACUCCAUGUGAGACCCAUCUACGGUGACAUGAAGCAACCCACGGUGAACAAAGAUCCGAGGCCCGCUCGGACCACGUCAAUGAACCCCGACCUUCAUAUGCAUCAUCGUAUGCUUCUCAUGUGAGCUGAUAACGCCUCUGCCCCCCUCCAUUCUCAUACAGACUGGCUGCACUUUUGUGUUAACUACAGAGAUUUAAAAAAAAUUGCAGUGUUGCCUCUGGGUGUGUGGUGAUAGUGUUGACGAUGUAAAAAAAAUUAAAGAGGCAAAAACUGGGGCUUUGUUGAUCUUAAAAAUGAACACUUAGACUUUUGCAACAUUUUCAACAGUGAGGAUUUUAUGCAAGAAAACAAAUCUUACUGUAACAUUCCAUGUCAUCUUUAGCCAGCCAUCUGAGAAGGGAUGUACUUGUCUGUAUAAAAUAAAUGGGACAAUUCUACAAUCA